AGAAGGGCAUUUGCGUUCACAAAUUCGUCAGGUUCCUAAAGCUAUAGCGUAUGAUAUGUGGGGCGAAAAGGAGAAAUCGGAUCCGCUGCUCUUGGGUGGAUUCAAUAUGGGCAUGGGAAAUGGCCUGCAUCCACACAAGUACUCGCAUCUCUACCAAGGACUUCACCAAGGAAUCAACGGAAAGUCACGACCUGUGGUUUUGUGGAAAGGAGAGACUGCCAGGAAAAAACGAUUCGAGCCGUUCUGCUCACCAAUCGUCCCACACAUUCCAAUUCGACAACGUCUUGCAACACGAAGAGGAACAAGUGAUUUUUCAGUAGAAGUUGGAGAUGAACCACCACUGGUUGGUGGUUCUUAUGCUGGUUCGGUUUACGGUCAACGUCGACGGCGAAUGAGCCUUCUGCAGACACUACGUCAACAGAAUCGUCAAUUAAACGACAGCGGUCUCGACAUUCAUAAUCGAAACAGGACUGACAGCGAAAGCACAAACAGAGACACAAGCUCUCCACCACUGAAUAAAUCGCCACCAGCAGGCUCACCAUCGAAGAAGCCUUUCGCGAACCUCAAGUCUAAGCUAUUUGGAAAGCGUGACAAGCAUCGUACGGAUGCGACAUCGUUCAAUCCAAGUGAAGAACACUCUCAGUCAUGCGACAUCAUCGGUGGUCGCUCACGAAAAUCACCAUCAACUACUAAUGACAGUGGACGUGGCAGCCAAGCUCAUUUGGAUAAUGAUAGAGUGAUUGGCGAAACGGUGGCAAUUAUCGAAAGACCAAAUGACGAGAACGACGAGAGCGUGAAACCGUAUAGAAGAAUUCGUACAAGUUCAUGCCCAGAUCUGUCGUCACUGCGCAUCUCGUCCUCAUCACCUCGUGCCCCUAUCGUCGACUCUGAGUCCGAAGAUGACGCAACAGCGGCUGCUGAACGAAAUUCAAGCCCUAUUACCGCCGCUGAUUGCCUUGUCGAACGUCGUUUGAUGCGUCGAGCGAUGGAAGUCCAGCAGCGUCAACAUCGUCCACAACGAGCACAACUUGCAAUGGACGAAGUGGCGGUGGACGAAGAAGAUGAAGAAGUGCAUGAGUUGAGAGAAUUAUUCAAACGUGAAGACGAUGUGAUCAGUCGAGCGUCAGGCAUCUCAAGGAGAUCGAACCAAACGGAAGAUCUUGCCGAUUUUGACGACAACAUCUCUACCAUCGUUCUGGAUCACUAUUUGCCAUUGUCAAGAAGCAGUCAAAUCAAUUACGACGAAGACACGCUUUCAUCCGAAUUUUCGUUGAAUCUGGUUGUUCGGGAAGAGACCGAGCCCGAAGAAAGCUCUGGAACCGCAUCGUCAACGGUACAAACAGAUCUUUCACUGGUAAACUUCGACGAGGAACUAGCCACAUACCUAACCAAGCUGAACGACGGACGGCCCAUCAGUCCGGAGGGAAUGAACUUCAUUGCCAAGCACUUUUUCGAAUAUCAAUCAUUUGUCAACAUGCCACACAAAGCCGUUCAACUACAUAAAACGCCACCAUCCCAAGCCGGAGCUGAUCCAUCGUCAGGUUGGGCACCAAAAAAUAUGAAUCGAGCCGGGAAAAAUCAGCCUGCUCCUGCGGCCAGAGCAAACAGAGUGCAUCGGGAUCCACGACCCAACGGCACCAAGCAUGGUCGAGCUGCAAAACAUGAACACCGAGAAUGGGGAGAUCGUCAUGGAGAACUAAAAGAAGAGAAAGUUGCUCCACAUAAAGACGCAUGGACCAAAUUCCUCUCUAACGAAGAUCCCGGCCAAAGGACGGUGUUCGACAGCGAACUUGAAGACCGAGUACUCGAGGCGGAAGAAGAGACACUUCCCGAGCGAAUUUCUCGAAUCAGCGCCGAUGAUCUCGAGUUCCAAAUGGCUUAUAAUGCUAGCAAGAGUUCAUCGGACAAUGAUUGCGAAUUGCUAACAAUACUUACCUACGCUCCCCAAGUCCAGUUUGUCACUGCCACGGUCAAAAGAGCUAAGGCACUGCCGUACAACAACGCUCCCUUCGCCCGGAUAAUGUUGUUUGACGGUAGGCGACUCGUGGAGCAAAAACAGACAACAGUCAAUCCUUCCGUUGGCCAUAAGUCUUCUUUAGACACGUCUUCUAAACCAUCGUCAUCAUCCGUAUCUUCUUCACUGAGCUCUUCAUCCGGUGAUGCAUCCUUCUCUGAAUCUUUCCUUUUCCACGUUACCCCGGUGAAAUUGGAUCGAUGUCAUAUCGUCAUAGAAAUGUUCGACCACGACGCCUCCAAUCAACCUAUCUCUGUUGGACAUUGUGUGAUUGGUCGAAUGGGUGACAUAACAGGUCACGCUCAUUGGAUACAGAUGAUCAAGAAACAUGGCCUGCCCGUAUGCAUGUGGCACCGGAUAGGCGUCAAUUAAUGACGUCGUUGGCGCAAUUUUACUGCGCUCUAUAUGCUAUAGCUCGAUUGUUUUCUGUAUAAUAUUCGCCAAAUAUCGUGUCAAAAAUUUGCAUUUUUCGGAAACUCACCCGCCAGGUCAUUUGACGUACAUCAUUACCGUAUCAUCCUAGAAAGUUGCCCAAUACAGUGCUAAAUAAUCCAUCAUAUUGAUUCAGGUGCUUGUCAUAAUUACUGUAACUGUGUUAUGACGGUUGUGUGUGUAUUUAUGUUUGUAUAGUAGAGCUGGCGGAGCCGGGUUAGAAUGUCGAUAAUUUUGUGAGUUUGUUAUUUUUUCGUGUUGUCUACGUCUCUCUCCCGGCUAAUAUUUUGCCAAAGUCCCCGCCCCCUUAAAUAGCAAUAAUAUGUAAUCCUUGUUACUCGAAUAGUAUUUAGAAACUAGUCAGGAACUGUGAUGUCAUUCCUACUCUCCUCGUACUUUUUCCCUUUGAAUGAGGAAAAACAUUAGGAACAAGUAUUAUUAUCGCUUUACUCAUACAUAUUCAACAAUACAUAUAUAAUUAGUUCCAUAAUUGUCUGAACAGUAAUUAUAUAAGAAAUUUCUUAGCCAUAAUACACGGUCUGAUAUGUCGAUGCGGGAUGAACAAUAAUCAAUAAAUCGAUUCAAUCGAC